AUGGAAGAAAGUGAGGAUCCCGAACCUUCUACUUCAAAGCGCGUUCAUCUGCAGGAGAAGAAAAAAGUCCUGCCGUCAAAAUCAACUUGGUCUUCAAACAAACAACAUGUCUGGAAACUGCCAUCUAUAGAGAAACCUUGCGAACCACUCACUAUAGACUUUCUGAAGAAAACUGUUGCUUCGCCUUUAGAUGCCUUCAAGUGUUUUUUCACUGACCAAUUGGUGAACCGUAUUGUUACACAUAGUAAUCUUUAUGCCUGCCAAAAAGGAGAGCAUCACGAGAAUAUCUCCUCUGAAGAGAUUUAUACAGUGUUGGGCAUUAUGCUAUUGAGUGGAUAUCAUAAGUUACCUAACAAGCGUAUGUGCUGGCAAGAAGAUCCGAACUGCAACGUGACCAUCGUUUCGGAGGCAAUGCGCAGACGCAGGUUCGAAGAAAUCUUACGAUAUAUUCACCUGAAUGAUAACACAAAUAUUGACACGGAUAGUUUUUAUAAAGUAAGACCCCUUUUUGAUUAUUUGAAUGAGUCAUUCAAGCAAGUUCCAUGUGAAGGUUCUCUUUCAAUUGACGAAAGUAUCAUACCAUAUUAUGGCCGUCAUCACAAGAAACAGUUUAUUCGCGGAAAACCUAUAAGUUUUGGGUUCGAAAUGUGGGUGAUAGCUAAGACGAACGGAUAUAUAAUGCAUGUAGAACCUUACCGUGGAUCAAACACCAAAUUGCCUGAUACUGGUCUUGGUCAGGGAGGUGAUGUGGUAAUUGGUUUGGUGGAUCACUGCAAUGUUCCCAACGGAAGAAAACUAUAUUUCGACAAUUUGUUCACUUCAGUUUCUCUUCUGGAAGAGUUAUGUAAAAAGGAAUUGGGAGAAACUGGUACUCUACGAGAAAACAGAAUAGGCAAAGCUAUGAAUUUACCACCCAAGAAAGAAUUCAAGAAGGUUGAAAGAGGAAAAUUUGUAACUGUUGGAAAUGGGAAACUGAUCGCAGUUUCCUGGAAUGACAAUUCUGUGGUUACCGUUCUGUCAAACUGUAAUGAAGUAAAUCCACUCAGGAGUAUUCAGAGAUAUAGUCGUACUGAAAAAAAAAGAUAA